AUGCUUUAUUGGCUAAAGGAUUGGCACGACUACCUGCCGCUUUACCGCGCGGCGCUAAGGGGCGACUGGGCCACGGCCAAGGCCAUCCUCGACGGUGACCCCGAUGCGGCCAGAGCAAGAGUCGCCUUCACCCUGGAGACUUCCCUUCACAUCGCCGUCGGCACCGGAAAGGCUAUCCCCUUUGUAGUGAAGCUGGUGGAACUGAUGCCCGACGAGCACCUGGCCCUCAAGGACGAGCUGGGAUUCAACGCCCUUCACGUGGCCGCCCUCGCAGGAAACACGGAGGCCGCCAGAAUCCUGGUCUCCAGGCUGCCGGAUUUGCUGUACGUGCAGAGCAACAACGGCAGCUUCCCCAUCCACAAGGCCGCCAUGUCAGCCCACAAGGAAACCCUCCGAUUUCUGAUUUCCCAGACAAAGGACGACGUCAACCCCAGCCCUUACGUCGGUGAUAAAGGGGUUAUGCUCCUCAACGAUGUGAUUGAUGCUGAUUUUUUUGAUGUUGCAUUGGAAUUGGCUGAGAAGUACCCCCACCUGGCGCAGAAAAAACUUUCGUCUGGUAAUUCGGCUUUGAAGAGGUUAGCCUUAAAGGAUUCUGCGUUUUCCAGUGGAAAUCAAUUAAAAUCCUGGGAGCGUCUCUUGUACGCUGGUUUUCAGCUGGUGUUGCGGUCUGAAAUACAAAACCCUGCUCCAAAUUCAAGGGACAUUGAGGACCAAACUUAUAGCACUCUCGUUUGGUUUAAAAGUUGGCACAGAGUGAUUCAGAAUUUGCAUUCCAAUCUUUCGGACGUUAUCAAACAACUGGUUCCUCACGUAAAGAGGAUUCACGAUAAGAAAAUGAUGCAUCAGCAAGCUCUGAAGCUCCUCAAAUGCUUGUGUAAGAACAUGGAGUCAUUAAAGUAUAAAGAAGCUUCCGUGAUCUACAGAGAUGCUGUGCUCACGGCUGCUCGUUUAGGGAUCCACGAGGUUGUUGAAGCAAUUGUGGCGACUUUCCCAGCCUCUAUUUAUUCUCGGCACGCUGACACAAAGCAAUUCAUCUUUCACCUGGCUGUGCAUAACCGAUGUGAAAGGGUUUUCAAUUUGAUUUACCAGACGAGCGAUCAUAAACACCAGUAUUCGGAUUUGGUGGAUUCGUCUGGUAAUGGCCUCCUGCACUUGGCUGCCAGUUUGGCGCCUAGUCACAAGCUCAAUGCAGUUUCCGGUGCUGCGCUUCAGAUGCAACGUGAGAUUCAGUGGUUUAAGGUAAAGUGA